AUGCCUUUUAAAACUGUUACUUCAAAGCUGGCAGCUCAGCUUGAUAGGGACCUUAUGGGGCCCGAAAUAGGCUUCACUUUGGAGCAACUUAUGGAACUAGCAGGGUUCAGCGUCGCACAAGCAGUAUUGAAAGAAUAUCCCCUAGCUGCAAGCACGAAAACCCAGGUUCUUGUCCUAGCUGGCCCGGGAAACAACGGUGGCGAUGGUCUUGUAUGUGCACGUCACCUAAAGCUUUUUGGAUUCCAUCCGGUGGUUUACUAUCCAAAACCCAAUAGCAAGACGCCCUUUUUCUCCAGAUUGGUGAAUCAGCUGAAGUUCUUCAACAUACCGGUCCUGAAUGUGGACGAAAACUGGACUCAGUUCUUGGAUUCGGAUAGCACCGUGUGUGUUGUUGACGCCCUUUUUGGAUUCUCCUUUAAGCCUCCUGUGCGGGAGCCAUUUGGGUCUAUCUUGCAACAACUUCAUAAGGUCCAGGAUCGGUUGCCCAUUGUGUCAGUUGAUGUUCCAACGGGGUGGGACGUUGACGAAGGACCUGUGGAGCCUAACUCCAUCAUUCCUAAAGUUUUGGUUUCACUCACCGUGCCCAAACCGUGCGCUUCCAAGAUCGACAGUUUAGAGACACAACACUACGUUGGAGGACGCUUUGUGCCCGCUGAGUUCGCUCACAAAUACAAAUUCGAGCCCUUCCCUUACGAAAACGCCGAUCAAGUGGUGAAGUUGUCACCAAACUAA